CUAUGAUGACCAAACCCCUCUUUCGUCAUUCCUGAUUCCUCCAACUAAACAAAUUCCUCUUUCCCCUCUUCCAUCUUUCUUGUUUUCAUAUUUUCCUGGGAUAUCCCAGCUAGUUGCCCACCAUUUCUUUCAUCUUCCGUCGACUUUUCGGGUCUUUUGCCCCCGCCUCUCCAGCUACAAUGUCUUCCGCAAAGGUCAAGGCCCAGCAAAUCAUUGAUGAGAACGGCGUUGUCGUCUUCUCCAAGUCCUACUGCCCCUACUGCAAGGCCAGCAAGAGCCUCCUGAGCGAACUGGGCGCCAAAUACUACGCGCUUGAGCUGGAUACCAUCGAUGACGGAGCUGACCUCCAGAACGCCCUUGAGGAAAUCAGCGGCCAGCGCACCGUUCCCAACAUCUACAUUGCCAAAAAGCACAUUGGUGGAAACUCGGACCUCCAGGGUAUCAAGAAGGAUCUGCCCGCGCUGUUAAAGGAUGCUGGAGCUCUGUAAAUUGGCUUUAGCUAUAUAAGUGAAUGUGUGUCGUUGGAGCGGGAUAAUAGCUCGCUGAUAAUAUAACAUAUAUGCAUUUCUA